CCACCCUCUUCUCCAGCUCCGGAUCCCCGAGGACUCCCGUCACAGAACCACCUGUAGUUGGACACUCCCACUAAAACGCCAAGUUCCCAUUAUUCCAUGCUUUGGACGAUUACACACUGCGUUCGUGUCCCAAUGCACAGCAGCUUCAAGCUUUCGAAACUUCGGGGAAAAGCAGGGACAUAAAUCUCAGAGAAAGGGUGACCGGCUUCGGAGGCACCGGACCGGCGAACAGAACCAGAGGUCGGGAUAGAAGGGAGCCGGAUGGAAACACAGUAAAUGAAGGACUGCAGAGAGCAGCUGGAUAUCAGAGACUGUGGAUGGAUGUGUACAUGUUAAGUCACUGAGUAAUGUUUACCCUGGUGAUGAAGACUGUCACUUUCAUCGGUGCUUCUCAUCAAGAGGCCGCAAUUAGAUGAUUAUGGAUAUGACAGUAGCCACGAAAUGUGCUGAACCUAUCACACUUUGCCCAUCACCAUUUCCUCCUGCCCUUGAUACCAAUCCUGUGCCAUUACCAAACGGAAACUUUCUGAUGGCACCACCAGCACCACCACCACCACCACCCCCGCCCCCACCCCCACCACCACCACCACUCUUGGAAUCAACAUCUUCCUGUCUUCUUCAGAAGUCCAAACUGAAAAAAGUGAACUGGAUCACCAUUCCAAAGGAGAGGAUUUUGGGGAAAAAUAAUAUCUGGACGGCGGAUAAGUAUGAUGAUGACUUUCAGUUGGACACUUCAGUAAUUGAGGAGUUAUUUGAACAGGUGGUGAAUGUAUCAUUGGAUGAGCAGAACAGUCGGAGAAGUUUUAAAAGCAGCUGUCCAUACCGUACCAGUGAAAGGAUUUCUCUACUGGAUUCCAGAAGAAGCAUGAAUGUGGGGAUAUUUCUAAAACAGUUUAAAAGAUCUGUGCAAGAGAUUGUGGAAGACAUUAGAUGUGGAACAGCUAAAGGAUAUGGGUCUGAAGAAUUAACUAAGCUGCUGAAACUAUUGCCAGAAGCUGAAGAGGUGAAACGUCUAAAAAUGUUUCAAGGAGACCAGAGUAAACUGCCUGAGGCAGAUCUCUUCAUGCUGCUCCUGGUGAGAGUGCCAAGCUACUGCCUUCAUUUGGAAGCCAUGAUCCUUAAGGAAGAAUUUGAGCCACAAGUAAAAUCGCUUCUAGCAUCUUUUUGUAUAUUGAUGGAGGCUGCAUAUGAACUGCAGAACUGUAAUGAAUUGCAUACUAUAUUGAGGUUGGUGUUGAAAGCUGGAAACUUCAUGAACGCAGGAGGAUAUUCAGGAAAUGCGGCAGGAUUUCACAUUGCAUCAUUAUUGAAACUCGCUGACAUAAAAGCAAAUAAACCUGGCAUGAACCUAAUGCACUUUGUGGCCAUGCAUCAGGAAAGAAAGAAGCAGGAAAAAAAAGACAAAAACCUUCUCUCCUUCCCGGAUAAACUGGAACACAUUGGUGCAGCUGCUAGGUUAUCUGAAGAUGGGUUGACAGAGGAGCUGAAUAGACUGGAGGAAAGACUUGAUUCUUUGCAGACAAAUUUGCAUGAAGAUCCAGAGCUUGAAGCACAAAUGACUUCGUUCCUACAGACUGCAAAGAAAGAACUGAAAGCAAUAUGGGAAAAAGUGGAAUUGUUCCAGAAUUUGAGAAAGUCUUUGGUAGACUAUUUCUGUGAAGAUGAAAAGUUUAAGCUGGAGGAAUACUGCAUUGUUCUCAGAAGCUUCUGUGAAAAAUUUCAGAAAGCAGUUCAGGAGAAUGCAAAUCGUGAAAUCGCAGAACUGAGAAGGCAACAGAGGGAGAAGAAAAAUGCAGAAAAACGGCACUCCAUAGCUAUUUGUUCAUCGCUCGAGAAUGAACUGGGUCAGGAUGAAUUGGAAAGGGCGCUUACCAGAAAUCUCAGACCUCAGAGUAUGAGGCGAUGGGUAUGCAAGUCUUUCAAACAGGACACUUUCUCAGAUGCACAUUGCACAAAAAACCCAUACACCUCUGGUGAAGUAACACAGGUAGAGCGAGAACGUGACACGAGUAGCAUAAUUAAAGACUACAAUGAUAAAGAACUAGCAAACCUUAUGAGGAAGGUGUCUGAGAAAGUUCUGAAUCAACAGUUGGGGAACUGCGUUAAGCAAACAGUGAAUCCUGUUCCAAAGGAAAAUAUAAAAAUUCUAAACCAGGAACCUGAAACUAUCAAAGAAACAGUAAAAUCUGUGCAAGAACCUGAAGUAUCCCAGCAAGCUCUUCUGCUCAAUAAGGAUUAUUCAAAGCUUAAUUGCAGAACUAUGUGCAGCACUCCAACCAAAAGACUAAAAUCUAAUGAAAAUUUGUUGACAAAGUCUAAUCCUAGUCACUGCUCAAAGUGGAAGAGGGAGUCCUCGGAGCGAAAUAGGGAACAAUAUGCAGCCACAAAGGGGAAACAAUCAAACCAAUCUUCACCAACUGCUAGAAAGACUUGUGGUGGAGUAGGAAUCAAUGUUCAUCAAAGGGAUCACUUUGCCAAGGCAAGUGAACAGAAAGACACAGAGUUAAACAAAGGUAGCAGGGGGAGUUCGAUUACAAACAGGAAAGGCAAAGUGAGCAACAGUGAUCCCAACAAGAGCUAUCCAAUUCUAACCCAAGGGCAGAGGGCAAUACCUCUGGGACAUAAAGAGCAUGUAUCUGAAAAAUUCUCUCCCAGGCCAACUCUAACACAAAGGAAUUUACAAGCUCCAGUACAGAGGCAACCUGUCAUAUCACCUAGAGGUAUUAAACAAACGAGUAGCAACAAUGAGAAACAACAGACACAUCAAGUAGCUGAGAAGUUGCAUGCUACAACUACAAGCUGCUAUCACAAGACUGAAUUGAAGGACAUCAUUUCAGCUGUGAACUCCAUACCAGCUUUAUAUACACAAGAUAAAGGCAGCUAA